AUGUCUCAAAGAAAGCUACAACAGGAUAUCGAUAAGCUUUUGAAGAAGGUGAAGGAAGGUAUUGAAGACUUCGAUGACAUAUACGAAAAAUUUCAGUCAACAGACCCCUCCAAUUCUUCGCAUAGAGAAAAACUGGAAUCUGACUUAAAAAGAGAAAUCAAGAAGCUGCAAAAACAUAGGGAUCAAAUAAAAACAUGGCUCAGCAAAGAAGAUGUAAAGGAUAAGCAAAGUGUUCUGAUGACUAAUAGGAGGUUGAUUGAAAAUGGCAUGGAAAGAUUUAAGUCCGUGGAGAAGCUAAUGAAGACAAAACAGUUUUCAAAGGAGGCUUUAACAAAUCCAGAUAUAAUCAAAGACCCUAAAGAACUCAAAAAAAGAGAUCAGGUCUUAUUUAUUCACGAUUGUUUAGAUGAGCUACAAAAGCAAUUGGAACAGUAUGAGGCUCAAGAAAAUGAAGAACAAACAGAAAGACACGAAUUUCACAUCGCCAACCUAGAGAAUAUCUUGAAAAAACUUCAGAAUAAUGAAAUGGACCCAGAGCCCGUAGAAGAAUUCCAAGACGAUAUAAAGUACUAUGUAGAAAAUAACGAUGAUCCCGAUUUCAUUGAAUACGAUACAAUUUAUGAGGACAUGGGUUGCGAAAUACAACCUUCAUCAAGUAAUAAUGAGGCUCCAAAAGAAGGAAACAAUCAAACUUCUUUAUCUAGCAUUCGCUCAUCAAAAAAACAAGAACGUUCUCCAAAGAAAAAAGCUCCGCAGAGGGAUGUUUCUAUAUCAGACAGGGCGACGACUCCAAUCGCGCCAGGUGUAGAAUCAGCCUCGCAAUCUAUAUCUUCUACGCCAACACCUGUGUCAACUGAUACGCCAUUGCAUACAGUGAAAGAUGAUUCAAUAAAAUUCGAUAAUUCUACCCUUGGUACACCAACUACACAUGUGUCUAUGAAAAAGAAGGAAUCGGAAAACGACUCGGAGCAACAACUAAAUUUCCCACCGGAUAGAACUGAUGAAAUUCGAAAAACCAUCCAGCACGAUGUAGAGACGAAUGCAGCUUUUCAAAAUCCCUUAUUCAACGACGAAUUAAAAUACUGGUUAGACUCGAAAAGGUACUUAAUGCAACCUCUUCAAGAAAUGUCACCAAAGAUGGUAUCGCAAUUAGAAUCUUCGCUAUUGAAUUGUCCAGAUUCUCUAGAUGCCGAUUCGCCAUGUCUAUACACCAAACCAUUAUCUUUGCCUCACCCAACGUCAAUCUUUUUUCCCAAUGAACCAAUUCGAUUUGUUUAUCCGUACGAUGUACCUUUAAAUUUAACGAAUAAUGAAAAUGAUACUGACAAUAAGUUCGGUAAAGAUAGUAAAGCAAAAUCUAAGAAAGAUGAUGAUAUCUAUUCCAGAACCUCACUAGCCAGAAUAUUUAUGAAAUUUGAUCUUGAUACUUUAUUUUUCAUAUUCUAUCAUUACCAAGGAUCAUAUGAACAGUUUUUAGCUGCUAGAGAACUUUUUAAAAAUAGAAACUGGCUAUUCAACAAGGUAGAUCGCUGCUGGUAUUAUAAAGAAAUCGAAAAGUUACCACCAGGAAUGGGCAAAUCUGAGGAGGAAUCAUGGAGAUACUUUGAUUAUAAAAAAAGUUGGUUAGCGAGACGUUGCGGUAACGACUUCGUAUAUAAUGAAGAAGAUUUCGAAAAACUGUAA